AGUACCCGGUAUUGUAUUAUCAUUUGACUGUUUAAAAAGAAUUGCUGCUUGUGUGAUGAAUGAAGUUAUCAUCUGUGUAAAUCUUUGGUGUAGAUUGGAUUCAUAUUUUUACAGCAAGUAGACGAAAACUGGAGAACAAUUACUGAAUUAUUUGUCCUAAUUUGAUGUAAAGUAAAAACAAUGACAGACAAUUUCACUGAAAACCUUCCUUCUUCACCUCGUCAAUCAUCAAAUAAAUCAAGAAAUAAUGGAAGCUCUAGAACCUAUUCUAUGGAAAAUAUACAAUCAUUAAAUGCAGCCUAUACCACGAGUCCUGCAUAUCUGAGUGAGUUUGAUUUGGGAAAUGCAAGAUCAAAAACUUUGGGAAGAAUAUCAACAGGAUCUCAUGCCUCAUCAAACAAGAAAAAUAGAUCAGCCGGUAGUAAUAUACUCGGAUCAAGUCCGAAUUUAAUGAUGUCAAAUUAUAACAGUCCGAAUAGUAUCUCAUCCCAAUCUACUGCUGCUAUAUUCUCUCAAGGACAUCGAUAUAAAAACGAUCGAGACUCUCCUGCUAAUUCUUCACAAUCAAGUAACUCACCGAAAAUGGAAAUCAGUGAUCAUAACUCCCUUCAUAUUAAUGAAAAUGGAAAAUCGAACAAGCGAGGAAGUGCGAGUGAUUAUAUUCUUCAAAUCCAGCAGGAUAAUGAAACGCUCAGACGAGAAAUCGAUAUAAAGGAAAGUAAGCUACAGACAAACAUGAACAGCAUAAAAAACUUUUGGAGUCCCGAAUUGAAAAAAGAAAGAGCUUUGAGGAAAGAAGAAAGCACGAGAGCUACUGUUCUGAGAGAACAAUUUAAAAGUUCGCAGGAUGAAAAUCAGAAUCUUCAGCUGACUAUUCAAGCACUACAAGAUGAAUUAAGAGCACAAAGAGAUUUGAAUCAAUUGUUACAAGAUGACAUGUCAGGAUCACAUAACAGAGAUUCUAAUAAUUUAACUUCUGGAUCAUUUUCUAUUGAUACAAGGAUCCUACAAGAGGAAGUUGAUAGAUUAACACGAGAAAAUGAACUUUUACAAAGAACAAUGGAGGAAAUGGAAUCGAGAAUAGAAGCUCAACGACAAACAUUAGACGCAAGAGACGAAUCUGUCAGAAAGUUGCUGGAGAUGUUGCAAAGCAAAGCAAUAUCGCAGCAAGAUGAGGAUGCAAGUGAAACCGAUUCAUUAAGAAUGCAAUUGGUUGAAGCAGAAGCAAGACAAGCUCAACUUGAUUCUUUAAUUAUGGAAAGAAAUUGUGAAAUCAGUCAGUUGAAAAAGAAUAUUUCAAACAGUCCUGUGAUACCAGAUAACAUUCCUAAGAUCCAAUCAUUGCAAGCAAUCAUAAGUAUGAAGGAUGGAAAGUUGGCAAUUCUUGAAAGAGAUCUGAAUCAACUUGAAGAAGAAAUGGCUCAAAUGAAACGAGAAGGUUGUGUGUCAAGUGAGGAAAGACAAGAAGAACUAAAACAACUUGAAGUUUAUAAAAGUCAUUCCGCAUUUAUGAAGUCCAAGAUUGAACAAUUAAAAUGCGAACUUCAGAAGAAAGAUACGAUGUUAGUUACAAUGCAAACCAAACUUGAUACAUUAAACAACCAACAAUCAGACAGCAGACAACACAUCGAUGUACUGAAAGAAUCAUUAGCAGCAAAAGAACAACGGGCUGCAAUACUGCAAGCUGAGGUUGAUUCACUGCGAACCAGACUAGAAGAAAAACAACAAAUUCUUGACAGAAAACAAGAACAAUUAACGGUGAUGCAGGAAGAGAGAAGUAGUAGUGGGAGUGAGGUUGCUCAUCUACAAGAUACUUUGGAAGUUAAAGACAGGAAGAUCACAGUUUUGCAUAGAAAGAUCGAAAGCCUGGCAGAAGUUGUUCGAGAGAAAGACAAGCAACUCGAUGUCAUAAAAGAUCGACUUAUUUCUUUGCAGCAAGACUCGAGUACGAGCGAUUCCGCACUUAAUACUAUGGAGGAAGCUUUAACUGAAAAGGAGAAAAUCAUCACUAGGCUUCGAGCGGAAUUAGAAAAUGGUGAAGAUAAAUGGAGAGAGGAUUCUGAUAGAUUUGAAAGCGAAAGAAAGUCUUUCGACAUUACAUGCGAAUCACUGAAGCAAGAAUUAUCUGAGAAAGAGACAAGUUUAAGUGAUUUGAAAGAACAUGCAUCAUCUCUUGCUUCUGCCGCACUAAAGAAAGAUUCUAACAUCAAACAAAUUGAAAUAAAUCUUCAGCAAACGACAGAAAAACUUGCUCAGGUUGAAACCCUAUUAAAGAAGGCAGAAGAAGACCUAACUCAGAAUAUUGCACAAUCGGAAGCUGAAUCUGCUAAAACACAUAAAGAAAACCAAAAGAAAUUAUCUGAGGUUGAAAAAUUAGCUAAAGAAAAAGAUGAAGAGGCGAAAAAAUGUCAAAAUGAUCUUGAUCGACUGCUUGAAAUUUUGAAAGAAACAGAAAAUGAAAAACACAAUAAAGAUAAAAAGUUGUUAACAUAUGACAAACAAGUACGAGAACUUCAAACCAAAGUCAAAUCACUUCAAAAUAAAAUGGCUGAAGAUUCCAAACUAAAAGGUGCUGCACACUCAAAAGACACUGCUCAAUUUUUGUCUCAAAUGAAAUUGAAAGACGACAGGAUAGAAGAAUUGGAAGAAGCAUUACGUGAAAGUGUUAGUAUAACUGCUGAACGUGAGACUGUUUUAUCAAAAGAACAAGAUAUUGUUCGGAAGUUACAAAUACAGCAAGAAGAUUUGAUGAAACAAAUGAAAGAAACAAAACAAUUGUUAGAUCACACUGGUUCGAAAUUAAUGGCAACAGAAGCUUCAUUACAUGAGAAAGAUCGAACUUUACAUACUUUAAGGAAGGAAAGAAAAAAGCAACUCGAAGAAUUACUAGAAAUGAAACAAGAAGCUCUUCUGUCUGCGAUCAGUGAGAAAGAUGCAAAUAUCGCAUUAUUAGAAUUAUCUGCUCGUAAGAAAGCGAACCAAGAUGAAAUUCAAUCAUUGAAGAAAGAAAAAGAUCAUUUAGUUGCGCAGCUUAAACAACAGACUCAAAACAGACUUAAGUUGAUGCAAGAUAAUUUUGAUGACCCACCUUCAUUAUCUACACCAACUACUAAACCUAGAUCAUCUUCACCUUCGCAACAUAAACGAAGUAGCGGUGGUGGUUCGAGCAGAAGUGGUGGUGGUAUGAGUAACCAUAGACCAAGCCCAACUGAGGAUGAUGGAGAAGGAAUCUGGGCAUAACAGUUAUAAAGAAAUAAUGAUGCUGAUUUCCAGAAGGCUAAAGAUUAAUUCAAAUGAAAGCUUGGUGAUGAUCUGUCAUGACUGAUCGAAACAAAGACAACGGACCACGACAUAACGAUCAGUGAAGGAAAUCUGUUUGAAUGAAAAGAGACGAAGACUUUAAAAUAAAGAGCUUGGUUUGCCUUGAACUGUUAUUUAAAUAUUUGUCUAGUCUACGAAUUGAAGUAUUUAUUGUUCGACCGAAUAUUUAUUUUAACAUUGGUUUUUUUAAGUGUAAGAUUCAUUGAAUUGAAUAGGAUUACUUGAUAUUUUAUCCAAACAUUUCAGUAUUUUUACAAUUUUUAGCCUACAAGAAUUUUAUACCUACCUAUUUAUUUUUGGCACAAUCAUCUUGAAAUAGGAUACAAUACUUCUCUCUGUCUAAGUGCAGUCUUUAUUUGCUGGUAGAGUCAAUUUUGAUACAAUAAUUCUGCAGUAUGGUACAGUUUUCAAUACCAUUUUAUUUGCUAUAACACUAAUGAAAUCAUAUUAAAAAUGAAUAAACAGUGUUUAUUAAUUUUGCAAUCAUGUGUUAAAAUUUUGAUUGAUUUUUUUAGGGAAACUUGAUAUGUAUUUUGUUAGUCGGGUUGUUUCAGUAGCGACAGUCAGUCAACUGUUGUUACUAAAAACAGCCACAAUUACUAAUCUAUUUAGUACAGUAAACUGUUCUGCGAUGAUUUCUAAACAUCUCAAUUUUCUCU